AUGGCAUCUUCCAACAUCUCUUAUCUGGACCCUAGAACAGUGACUCUGAUUGGCAUCCCUGGACUAGAACACGUGCAGUUUUGGAUUGGGUUUCCCUUCUUUGCAGUGUGCCUGCUUGCUCUCCUGGGAAACAUAAUUUUACUGGUCAUCAUUCCUGCAGAACGCAGCCUGCAUCAGCCCAUGUACAUCUUCCUGGCAGUACUGGCUGCCACUGAUGUAGGGCUCUGUUUAGCCAUUGCUCCCAAGAUGUUGGCCAUCUUCUGGUUUGACUCUUGUUCCAUGGUAUUUAAUGUCUGCUUAGCCCAACUCUUCUUCAUCCAUACCUUGCAGUGCAUAGAAUCUGGCAUCUUGUUGGCCAUGGCCUUGGACCGCUAUGUUGCCAUCUGUGAUCCAUUGAGACACACGUCUAUUCUUACUCCUUCUGUCCUCACGUGGAUGAUGGUGGUGGUGGUGAUCAGGGCAACAGUACUGGUUGGCCUGUUACCCAUGCUCAUCAAAAGACUGCAUCUUUUCCAUUCCACUGUUAUAGCCCAUUCUUACUGUGAGCACAUGGCUGUGGUCAAGCUGGCUGCAGAAGAUAUUCGAAUCAACAAAAUAUGUGGUUUGUUCGUUGGUUUUACAAUUCUGGGCUUUGACAUGGUUUUUAUUAUCGUAUCCUAUAUCCUGAUUUUCCACGCUGUUUUUCUUCUGAACCAAAAGGAGGCUCGACUCAAAGCUUUUAACACGUGUGUGCCUCAUAUUUUUGUCUUUCUUGAGUUUUAUAUCCUUGCUUUCUUCUCAUUCUUCAGUCACCGCUUUGGACAUGUUGUCCCCUCUACCCACAUUCUUUUGUCUACCAUCUACCUUCUUGUGCCACCUGCACUCAACCCUAUUGUUUAUGGAAUAAAAAAUAAAGUUAUCUGCCAGCGGGUGGCACAGAUUUUUCUUCUGAGUAGUAAGUCCCAAUAA